AUGACUCAGGUCUCAUACCGAACCCUGAUCCGAACCUUAGACCUGAACCGAGAAGACUACAUGCAGAAUGUCCACGGGAAGGAGAUCGACCUGCUGAGGACCACGGUGAAGGUGCCGGGGAAGAGGCCGCCUCGCGCCGUGUCCACCUGCGCCGCCGUGCCGAGUCCCAAAACCAACGGCCUAACGAAGGACAUGAGCAGCCUGCAGCUGGGACAGGCUCCAGGUUCGGUGACCAGCAGCUCGUCGGUGUCUCAGAUGGCGAGCGGCGUCAGCUUGGUGUCCUUCAACAGCCGCGGUCUGGAGGGGAUGCACCAGCGCUCCUACUCCGUGUCCAGCGCCGACCAAUGGACCGACGCCACCGUCAUCGCCAACUCUGGAGUCAGCACAG